AAUCUAAACUGUGUUAUAUCUCUCAGUAGUUUAACCUAGCUAAAUCACUCAGUAAUAUACACCUUGCAUUACAUUUCGUGUCAUGCGUGUUAAAUGGUAAAGAUUGGCUUUGGACUGAUUUAGGAUUAGCUAUUAUAUAAUUUAUAUUUGCAUACAUCGAUUAUUGUGUAUACCGAAAUGGUUCAAAAGCAGAAUCAGAACGAUGAGAAGACAACGGAAGGGGAGCCCAGCCACAGCCCAAGCCCGGUACCGGUGGACGGGACCGCAAUCCUGGCAGACUCGGCGGCAGCGGCGCCCCAAGCUGAGACGACAGGCCUCAGGAAAUUUGUCGGCGGCGUGGUGGAGGGAUUCUAUGGUCGACCAUGGACUAUGGAGCAAAGGAAAGAGCUUUUCAGGAGGCUACAGAAAUGGGGGUUAAAUACUUACCUUUAUGCUCCAAAGGAUGACUACAAACACAGAGUGUUUUGGAGAGAAAUGUACUCUGUUGAAGAAGCAGAGCAACUCAUGACCCUUAUCUCUGCGGCAAAAGAAUAUGGAAUUGAGUUCAUCUAUGCCAUCUCGCCAGGGCUUGAUAUCACAUUUUCCAACCAGAAAGAAGUUGUAACUUUGAAAAGGAAGUUAGAUCAGAUUUCCCAGUUUGGCUGCAAGUCUUUUGCCUUAUUGUUUGAUGAUAUUGAGCACAAUAUAUGCCCAGCAGACAAGGAAGUGUUCAGCUCAUUUGCACAUGCCCAGGUCUCCCUGACUAAUGAGAUCUUCCAGUACUUGGGAGAACCUGAAACUUUCUUGUUCUGCCCUACAGAAUACUGUGGAACUUUCUGCUAUCCAAAUGUUUCCCAGUCACCGUAUUUGCUAACAGUUGGUGAGAAGUUGUUACCUGGAAUCGAUGUGCUAUGGACAGGUCCCAAGGUUGUAUCUAAAGAUAUCACAGUGGAGUCCAUUGAAGAGGUAUCCAGAAUUUUAAAGAGAGCUCCAGUUAUAUGGGACAACAUCCAUGCCAAUGACUACGACCAAAAGAGGCUGUUCCUUGGUCCCUUUAAGGGCCGGUCAACAGAGCUCAUCCCCAGGCUGAAGGGUGUGUUGACCAACCCCAACUGUGAAUUUGAGACCAACUUUGUGGCCAUCCAUACACUGGCAACCUGGUACAAAUCCAACAUGAACGGCGUCCGAAAAGAUGUUGUCAUGAGUGACGGUGAGGACAGUACAGUAUCUAUUCAGAUUAAGCUGGAGAAUGAAGGAAGCGAUGAAGAAAUCGAAACGGACAUGCUGUACAGUCCACAGCUGGCGCUGAAGCUUGCCCUGCAAGAGUGGCUGGGGGAGUUUGGAGUGCCUCAUCUGUACAACAGUCGGCAGGUCCCUCACAGUGGAGCAAAGAGCACCGCUAUUGAUGUUGCAUCUCUGGUAACGCCAAACCUGGGAUCCUCGACAAUGGUUAGCACCGUUUACCAGCAGCCAAUCAUGAGCCAAGCAACAGCUCUGAGUGAAGAGCCCCUCCCCUUGAGCAAGGUAGAGGAUGAGGAGGUGGAGGAUGAGGAAGAGAAGAAGGAGCAGCUGCUGCUUCAGUCGGAUGAAGAACCCAUGGAGAUGGUGCUAGAGAAACAGGAUGAAUUGGAUACCAAGAAUGUCAACCAGAUCCUGACUGAGAUUGUCGAGGCUAAGAUGACCGAGGAGCUGAAGCCCAUGGACACAGACAAGGAGAGCAGUGCAGAGUCCAAGUCCCCCGAGAUGUCUAUUCAGGAGGACUCUGGGAGUGACAUUGCACCAAUGCAAACAGAUGAACAGCUGAACAAAGAGCCGUUUGUGCCGGGCCCCAAUGAGAAGCCUCUGUACAGCGCAGAGGCACUGACCCUCGAGGAUCUGACCCUGCUGGCAGAACUCUUCUACCUGCCCUAUGAACACGGGCCCAAAGCUGUGCAGAUGCUCAAAGAAUUCAACUGGCUGAGAGCUAACAGCAGUGUGGUCAGUGUCAAUUCCAAAGGGAAGGAGCCUGAAAAAGUCAAUGAAUGGCGUGCUCGAGCAGAGAAGUUUGAGGAGAUGUGCUGUUCAGUGAUUCAGAUGUUCACACGCCUCUCCAACUCUGCCAACAGGACCAUUCUCUAUGAUUUGUAUCCCUACAUUUGGGAUAUUAAGAGUAUCAUCUCAAUGGUGAAGUCAUUUGUUCAGUGGUUAGGGUGUCGUAGUCAGUCGUCAGCACAGUUCUUAAGUGGAGACCAAGAGCCUUGGGCAUUUAGAGGCGGUCUAGCGGGAGAGUUCCAGCGAUUGUUGCCAAUUGAUGGGGCAAAUGAUCUUUUUUACCAGCCACCCCCUGCAAUGCCAACCUCCAAAAUCUAUUCCAUAAGACCAUAUUUUCCAGAAGAUGAGCCUGCUGUGUACAAGAUCUGCAGAGAGAUGUACAAUGAAGACAUGGAGGGGGUUCCUUUCCCUGAACAGCCUGAUUUAAUUGGAGAUAGGUUAGUGGGAGGAUUUCUGACGCUCAGCCCAGACUAUGGGUUUGUUCUAGAGGAUAAUGAGGGCAUCUGUGGGUAUGCUGUCGGCACAGUGGACGUCAAGCCGUUUGUGAAGAAGUGCAAGAUGAGCUGGAUCCCCAGCAUGCAGGAGAAGUAUAACAAGCCUGACUCUGAGAAGGACUUGUCUGAGGCAGAGAAAAUGAUGUUGAGUUUCCAUGAGGAAGAGGAGGGCCUUCCCGAGUCAUUUCUUAGUAAUUUCCCCUCCCUGAUUAAAGUGGAUAUUCAUGGGAAGGUUACAGACCCUAGUGUCGCCAAGAGCAUGAUGGGUUGCCUCCUUUCCUCCAUUAAAGCCAACGGGUCCCAUGGUGCCUUUUGUGAAGUGAGGCAGAAUGAUAAGAGAAUGCUGGACUUUUACAGCAAGCUGGGCUGCUUUGAAGUGGCAAAGAUGGAAGGAUUCCCAAAGGGUGUGAUCCUCAUGGGAAGGAGUCUGUGAACUAUUCUGAAUGUGAAUGAAGUGGUAUAAAAAUACAUCUAGCUCUAUUGAAUAGGCUGACGUUUGUGCUACCUUAACAGUUUGUACUUCUUGCAGCAGACAAAAGGUAGACAUACAGAAGGUAAGCUUCAUAGACGUGGGAUGAUUUUCAGCCAUUCAUUCUUCAGUAGUCUUGUCUGUUGUCCUUCCUGGAAUAGCACAGGGAGGUCUGGUGUUCAGGGUCACAACUGCCUUCAUCCUUCCAGAUGUUCUUUCUGCUUGUGCCAAGUUCGAAAGCUGGAUAGAGUUGAAUAAUCAGCCUUUGCUGUUGAAGGGAUUUUUUUCCUCAAAGGCUUGGCAGCGACCAGUUGUCUCAAGUUUGGAUUUGAAUUCACUGGCUUCCAGCCUCCGGCUUUAGCCACUUGACCAUUCUGUUUCUGUUAAGUACCAGGUAAGCAAGGUUUCAUUCUACACCUGUCUGAUUUUGGAGUCUGACUCUCUUGCUUCAUGAAGAACCAGAAUGUGGUAUGUGAACCACAAGUGUGCUGCGGGCUGACUUGAUUUAUGGUCAGCCUCAAGGAAGCCAACAAAUGUGCAUAUGCUUGUGUUAAUAAUGGAAUAUACAUGCUGCUUAUAAUAAUGCUAUUUUUGUGAUGGCAGUAAAAUAGAAUUUGACAGUCCUUUUUGUCCUUAAUGUUUUGUAUUUGUUUGUCUUCCUGAAACAUGCUGAUAAUUGUUACCCUUAUUUCUUCAUGAUCAGUAGUGCUAUGCAGUGUGGCCAAGAGCCCCAGUAAAGCAGGUGGGAGGGGCUCGGGCACUAGUAAUGAAAGCAACCCUAUAGAUAUGUAAUUGUUAAAGGGAUUUGUAGCUUUCUGCUUGCACAUCUUAUUGAUGUUUUAAUGUUUUAUAUUUAAGUGCAUUUUGUUUUACUUUUUGCUUAACAUAAGAUUAAUAGAUCCAGGAAAGCACUUAGAUUACAGAGUACAGUUGUCUUCAGAACUGGGUCUGACUGUUUUUCAUUUA